CGUAGCCUAUUACACAUUUAAGCAUUAGAUUUGUAAUUGCAAUUUAUUAGACACUUAGCCUAUAAAAGUUUGCAAUUUUGAAAGGGCAGAUUAUUUCUUUAACACAGGCCUCAAAUCUAACUUUAGGCUAUAUAGGUUUAAAAUCUGACAUCAAAGCGACUGGAACUAGACAUAACAAGUCUGCACGUUCUGCAAUAAGAGCCUACAUUUAAUGCCAAAUACUUCAACAUUCACAGGUGUCGGAGCUAAGACGAUGUUUGGGUCUUGGUCGGAGCUUUGUUAUUUAGGUAAAAUAAAAACAUUGCUUUGAUAUCAUGCAAGUUCAAAGUAAUUUAGUAAUAAUACAUGGUCAUAUACACGUCGUCGGCUCCGGAUUUCUUACCAUUGCUGCACGGACGCCGGAGAAGCAAGUUGACCAUGGCCAGCCCCGCAAAAGCGCGCAAAGUGGAGGAUUCUGCCGUAGAAGGCUAUCUUCAUAGCGUGUCUCCAGCAAAAAGCUCUAAAAAAAACAGCAAGUAUUUUACUGCUGUGAUACAGAGCGGAAGACACGAAUUUCAUAAAGUUGUUAGUUUUUCGUUGGAGAAAUUAACCGCGUUUUCGCAAGCCUCUAAGAACGGGACGGCAGUGAAGCUGAAGAAUGUUCGCCGCAGCCUCAGUUUCUCCGAUCCAGACGGAUUCGACGUGAUCUGUUCUAAAACAACAAGCCUUGAGGUAGUGACCGUACCGUUCUCCCGGAUAGCACCUUCGGGCAGCAGGAGGAUGGAUGUAGCGGCCGUCAAAGCGCUAGGACCGAGACAAAAUGUAGGCGAGCUGGAAGCUAAGGUCCUGUCCCGUGCUGCACUUAGUAAAAUCGUCUUGGUUAACCGGGAGGAAUGUGAGCUGAAGGAGAUAUGGGUCGCUGACACUACGGGGGAAAUCAAGCUUACCUUGUGGGAUAGCCUAAUAUCCCAGGUCGACGUCUCCAAAUCCUACUGCUUUUCCAACCUGGCAACGAGAGAGAUGCAAGGGGUUAUUCGUUUAACCACAACUCCAUCUACUCGAGUCGUGGAGAUAACCCAACUGGAGGUACCUGAUGAGGGCAGGGAUGAUCCCGAUGACGGCGCUGCUUCUACGACUUUGCGCGGUGUGGUCUCCGGGGUUCAAAUCCGAGCCAGACAUCGUUGUCCGAGGUGCCACGGUCUUCAAAAUCAAAUUUCUGCCAACUCCAUUACUCACAGGUGUGAUGCCUGCAACCUGCUGCAGCGGUCAUCGGUCUACGGCUUAACAUACGGAGGAACGAUAGUUCUCACCGCUGACCAGCAGGAACAUUCGCUGACGGUGACCGAUUCCUGCAUCAACGCUUACCUGGCCAGAUACCGCGUCGCCUAUUCAGAAAACGACGUGGAAACCAUUGAGGAGCAUUUCCUUAAUUUGCCAGAGGUAGAAAUCUGCGUUAAUAACGAUUCCUUAAUUACCUCGUUAAUUCAGCCCCUUUCACAAAAUCGUGUGGACCAAUCCUUGGUCGCUGCUAACGACGGCAACACAGUGACGGAUGGUGAAGCUGCGCAAGUUGUGGAAGAUUGGGAAGCUGCCGCUCUUGUUUAGCACGUUCAGCGAGGCAACUGGUAAUAUGCACAAAAAAUUACUGUUUCUAGUACAAAUUAUUUCAUAGUGCACUGUUAGUGUUAGUCUUUGUUCUUAGUAUUUGUUUUGUUUGAAACGCUACCGUACUGAUGUUAAUGGUUUUCAUUGAAUGUUCCAUGUGCCAAAGCUGUAUGUGAACUGCCAAUAAGUACUCAUUUAAAGUUUGUAAUAAAUGAGGUUUCAUCUAACGUUAUUUCUGUAUUCUGUGGAUUUAUACGUUUUCAGUUUAAUCUGACAGUUGUUUAUGAAUUGUAUAAAUAAAAUAUUAAUGGUAACUUUAAUAGGUAGAUAUAAUUUAUAUACAAAAUUAGUUAAGCGUUGCAGUAAGUUAAUAUUGUGAUUAUUUUUUCAAUCUAAACUAUGGUACAGCGCUUAAAGUAGACGUAAUUUAAAAUAUAAAUUGAAAAUGAACUUGGUAUAUUAAAGUAUUAUUAUUUUUAAAAAAAGAAAUCAAGAUUGGCUACAUGGCUAGUAGCAUGAAGGUGUAAGGCCUAUUGGGUUUAUAUUAUUGGGUAUAUCUGUAUACAGAUAUACAUUAUACUUAUUUUAUGUUUCAUGAACUAACUAAAACAUAGCGGAGGUUAAAAUAUUGAACGGUGUGGGUCUUACGCUGAACAUCUUGCACGCUUUCAGAUAUCUGCCGUUUCUAACAUUUGCAAUGUACUUUGCGACCUUUGCGACAGGUCAAAUUCAGCUUACGGCAGUUCAAUGACGUCAAAGCUGUAAUGUGAUUUCUUAUUAAUGCACAUGUGAUCCAAGUUGAUCAUGCAUUUCGGAACAUACCAUAAACCAGAAGUUGUUUACCCGAAUGCUUUUUAAGGUAGCAAUAUGUUCAUAUUUUGGGCUCUUGUCUGUAUGUUUGUUUUAUUAAUAAGGUGUGCACUGUAUUUGGUCAUCUGAUCAAACAUAAAGCUAAAAACAUUCCACAAAUUUCUUUACAGAUAAGUAUUUAUGUCAUAUUAAAACUACAUUUUUGCAUAAAAAUCCGAGAAAAUAUUUAGAUUUAAACAGAUUGUAGAUUGUAUUAGGUUUAUUUUCUCCGCAUAUUACAAGAGUCACCAACCGAUAAGAACUGUUAUUCAAUAAAAUUGACGCUACAGAUUCGUUUAAUUGAUUAACGAAUAAUAAAUAGGUGGCGGUAAUGCACCACCAAGCUGUAUGCCAACUGCCAUUAAAAUACAUAGACGAAGAAGAAGGAAGUGACGUCUG